AUGAAUGAGGCACAGUCAGGACACAAGGCUGCAGCAGCUGGGGGUCUCUCCCUCGACCACCCGGGGGAAGAGAUAAGGGGGCUUUUAGCAGAUAAGAUGAUGGAUAUCCUCCUGAAGGAGGAUGAAGCAGAGAGAAUCUCAGACAUCUUGUGGAAAAGAAGAGGCAAGUCACUACUCUCCCUCUCUCUACCAUCCACCGCAGCAAGGCAUCCAAAAGCUGCGGUUUGGACCGCAAAACCAAUCGGAAUGUCGUCGCCAGAAGGAAGAGUUUUUGGAUGGAGAGAACUUCUCUCGGCCAAGAUGCUGCUAUGUAAAGUUAUCAGCCUCAUUCAACAAGGACGGAGAAGGGCUCCUUACAGCCAUUCAUCAGAUAAACCAUUCACGGUUGGGACCUCUUUGGAGUCCAGUCUUGUAGACCUUUGGAUCUAUCACUAG